GACGCAGGCGCAGGCGCAGGCGCCCUGCGCUCUCUCUCCCAGCAGCUUCCCGGAACCCGACCAAUCGGUUCUCUGCGGGUGGGCCCGGCCCCGCGGACCGCUGGGAGCGGGGUGGGGGUGGGGACACCUGCGCAAGGCCUGCUGGCGGGUAGAGGGGGUCCGAGCGGGGCCUAGAGGCACAGAUGCCAUGUGGCCUUUGUUUUGGACAGCGAUUCGUACCUACGCCCCCUAUGUCACAUUCCCUGUGGCCUUUGUGGUGGGGGCUGUGGGCUACCACCUGGAGUGGUUCAUCAGGGGGAAGUCACCCCAGCCUGUGGAGGAGGAGAAGAGCAUCUCAGAGCGUCGGGAAGACCGAAAGUUAGAAGAGCUGUUAGGCAAGGACCUCACACAGGUGGUGAGCCUUAAGGACAAGCUUGAAUUUGCUCCCAAAGCUGUAUUGAACAGAAACCGUCCUGAGAAGAGUUAAUGGAAGGCCGUGGGCCCCAUGGUCCCUUCUAAGGGCAUAUAUAAGUGGCAGUCCAUGGCUGCCAUCUCUGUUCCACCCUUCCUAGAACCUACAUAUGGUUUACUUUGCUUCUUGUUCCAGCUCUUCCUCUUCUUCCUCCCCCUCCUCGAUGGAUUCCACUCUUCCUCUCCACUCUUCCUCCCCUUGAUUGCCAGGUUGGUUCCAUCAAUCUCCGUGGGAACUUUGCUGCUACCGCCUGAUGAUUAAGCUGCUGUCCAGCCUGUGGAGAGACAUUAUCAAAGAAAACUCAUGUUCCUGGCAAGGGAGGAUGCCCUUUGUCUCAUGGUGGCUACAACUGCUUAGGUUUCCUGAGCUUGGAACUCUGCUGAUAGGGGAGCCAGCUUACAAGGGAGUUACUCACCAUGCCCCCGUAUGAGGUUGGCUGUGGCCCUGUGACUGUCUUUUGAUGACUAGUGAAACAUCAGCUGUCAGUCUCUGGGGGGAGUGUUGAGUAUGGCUUCAUGAGAGCACAGUUAGAAUUUGGGAUCAGCCUUUGUCUCCUUCCAGAGGUUGUUUAGGCCAGUGGGAUGUUGCUGGCAUUCCUGGGCCUAGAAUGCUUUGGGCUGAAUUCUUGUAUCAAUCUGUAUUUUUCCAUCCAUCCCAUUUCCCUGUUCUUAUUCUUCCUGGAUGUUCUCCUUUUGUGUUCUGGAAGGGGAUUGGAUUUACAAGGGAAGGAGAGCUGUUGGCUGUUAGAGGGAAGCUGGGCUGUUCCCAGUGGGAGGGUGGGGAACACAUAUCUGCUGAAUUUGCUUGAAAACACCCCCUUUCCUGUAGAGUACAAAUCCAAUUAAACUGGAGCCUGAGAACCA